AUGGCUCAUUCAGCUCAAUUAUCAGUUCCAAGUCCUAAAUCUCGGCGAUUCGUUUCUCGGAGGAGGAUCGCGAUGAUGAUUCCGAUUGCGCUCUUCUCCGGCGCCGUUUUUCUGUUCUUAAUGCCGUUCAACAGUUGGGGCGAAUCACCUGUUCCGUUGGAUCUCUCCCGUAGGAUCCAUGAGAUUGAAGUAGUUGCUGAGUUUCCUCACGACCCUGACGCUUUUACUCAGGGACUUCUCUAUGCGGGAGACGAUACACUGUACGAAUCGACUGGUCUAUACAGACAGUCGUCAGUGAGGAAAGUGGCUCUGAGAACAGGGAAGGUUGAGAUUCUUGAGAAAAUGGGCGAUUCAUAUUUUGGAGAGGGUUUAACACUCCUUGGUGAAAGGCUCUAUCAAGUCGCAUGGUUGACCAACAGGGGUUUCACAUAUGACAUUCGCAACUUAACCAAAGUGAAACCAUUUAAACAUUAUAUGAAAGAUGGAUGGGGACUGGCUACCGAUGGACAAGUGUUGUUUGGAAGUGAUGGCACUUCCACACUCUACCGGAUGGCCCCUCGAACAAUGAAAGUUACUGAUAAGCAUACGGUCAGAUAUAAUGGCCGUGAGGUACGUUUCCUUAAUGAACUCGAGUACGUGAACAACGAAGUUUGGGCAAACGUGUGGCAGUCUGAUUGUAUUGCCAGAAUUUCACCUAAAGAUGGAUCGCUGCUUGGAUGGAUACUGCUUCCCAAUUUAAGACAAGGAUUGCUGAAAUCUGGACAUCAGAGUAUCGAUGUAUUGAACGGCAUAGCAUGGGACAGCGACAAGCAACGCCUCUUUGUAACGGGGAAACUGUGGCCGAAGAUGUACCAAAUCAAGCUAAAACCGGCAUCAGAAAAGAGCGAGAAACUUAUCGCUCAGCAAUGCUUGGUAUAA